AUGUGGAAGGAUUCUUGCAUUGAUGGGAGCAGCCAGGUGGCCCCUGGAGGCUCGGCCGGGGCCCCGUCCCGCAGCGCCAGCCGCAGGAAGAGAACCAGCUUCUCCAAGGAGCACGUGGAGCUCCUGAGGGCCACGUUCCAGACGGACCCCUACCCUGGCAUCAGCCUUAGGGAGAGCCUGUCCCAGACCACCGGCCUCCCAGAGUCCCGCAUCCAGGUGUGGUUUCAGAACAGGAGGGCCCGGACCUUGAAAUGCAAAGGGGCCAAAAAGGCCCUGUGGCAGCAGGGUGAGAGCCUCAGCCCAGACGCUCUAGCUCCACCCCGCAGCGUGGCCUCCAGGGGCCCCCAUCCCGGCGUUCACUCCCAGGGCCCCCCCCCAGCCUACCCGACCCAGGUGAAGGCAGAGAGGGACGAGGAUCUGCGCUACGGGCGCUGCCUCUCGGCCUUCCGCCCCUCUCCCAUGGACUACAGGCACUAUGGACCUGUGCACCGGGGCCAGCCCCCCACUCCCCUGAGGGGCCACAGCCCAUCGAUGACCGGGCCCUGGGCUCAUCCCGGGAGCCAUUCCUCCCCUGUCCCGGCUCCCUGGUGCCCCUCCCCCCAGGACCUGAGAGGCUCUGGGGUGCCCCCCUCCGGUGUGGGGCCCUCAGGCCGGGUCUACCCCUGCAUGAUGGAGCAGCCCCUCAACGCCUACGCCCACGCCUCCAGCCCCGAUACACCCGACUCAGGCUACUGGGAGAUGGCCUCUGACAGCAGCCCCAACCUGGACAUGCAGUACGCCCAGAUGGAGGACUCCUGGAGCGGGGUGAUCCCCAGAAGAAGCGGGGACCCCGGCCACUACCCGGGGUCAGACCAGUUCCGCCAGCAGGCCCCCCUGCCAGAGCUCUCCCUCCAUGAGAUCUUGGGGGAACUGAACGAGGACUGGCUGGGAGGAGAGGGACUCGACAACCAAAGCCAUGAGUAUAAACUCGCUGCCUACUGCUGACGAUGGAGGCCUAGUUGGAUCAACUCAUGGACAAUUUUUAUGUAUUUAUUUCGAAGCAAUCGUGUGUAUUAUCUUGAUUAGGUUCAAACCGCUUGGCUGGUUUAAGACAGUACAGACUUAAAAUGUCCCUCUCAAACACAUGGCAGCAGGAUCUGUCAUUUUUUUCAGGGACAUCACAUGGACAUUAUAGUUGCCUAUUCUUCCA